AUGUCAUGGAUAGGAAUUAAAAAAGCGAUUAAUCGAGCUGGAACUCAAGUUAUGUUAAAAACUGGUCAUAUUGAACAAACUGUUGAUAAAGAAUAUGACUUCCAAGAAAAACGAUAUCGAACUAUGGAAGAGAAUUCUAUUAAAUUACAAAAAAAUUUACGAUUAUAUUUGGAUAGUUUAAGAUUAUUAACUAAUUCACAAAUAAAUAUUGCUGAAUCAUUAAAUUCAUUCUAUGGAACUAACAAUGACAAGAGUAAUGUUUCAAGAACUGGGUCAGUAAGUACAAGAAAUAAAAUUCCAUCAAUACAUGAAGAGGAGGAAAAAGAAGAAGAAGAAGAAGAAGAAGAAGAAAAAGAGGGAGAUAAUAAUACUAUCACCAACAAAACAAUAACAUCUAGUUAUAAUAAUUUAAUUCAAGAAUAUUAUGCUACUAUUAAACAAUUGAAUGAUUCUUGUAUUACCAAUCUUGAAAAUCCUUAUAAUCAAACUGUUUUAAAUCCAAUUGCUAGAUUCAAUUCAUAUUAUAUUGAAAUCAAUGAAAUUAUUAAGAAAAGACAUAAUAAAUUAUUAGAUUAUGAUGCUAUGAAAAAUAAACUUCGUAAAUUGAUUGACAAUCCAACGACAAAUAUAUCACCAUCAAUGAAAACUAAUGUUGUAGAAUCUAAUCAUAAUCAAUAUGAAGAGAAAUUGAAAUCUUAUAAUCAAGAAUUAACUGAAGUAGAAUCAAAAUAUGUGGAAAUUAAUAAUCAAUUAUUAACUGAAUUACCUAAAUUAAUUAAUCAUCGAAUAAGUUAUUUUGAUCCUUCAUUUGAAUCAUUUGUUAAAAUUCAAUUGAGAUUUUUCAAUGAAAAUUAUCAUGUAUUAAAUCAAUUACAAUUGAAAUUAGAUGCUCGAACAAGACAAGAUUAUAUUGAAGGGAAAUUGGAAGAUAGAAUUGAUGAUGUGUUACGAAAAAUGAAGAAUCUAGAUAUUACUGGUGGAUUAGAUUAA